AAUCUAUAAAAAGGGAGGAUCUAGCUCCGAAGCCAGAACGUCCUCCUUUUGAUUUUUUAAAGCCAUUCUUAGGAUGUCUAACAAGUCUGUACAGGUCAUUUUGUUAAACAUCAGCAUCAGGUAAAAGAUGAAAGUGAAAGCAUCUACAGUAAGGAAGGUAAAAGGAGCAUAACACCUGUCUACGAAGAGAUUCUUCUAUGAGUGAUCAGAUCCAAAGGCUAGUUUUUGCCGACUCCACAAGGGCCAGAACUGAGGGACGUGUUCCACGGCAACAGAGCCAGCAUUUUCACAAAGAGUCUUUAGGGCAUCGCUCAUCACCUUCCACAGUCUGCUCUGCUGCCCACAGGAGCAGAAGAUGCCUGGCAUAGUCGCAGUCAUGGACACAGAACCAGAUAACAUCAAGGCAGGGGAAGCAGGAGAGGAGACCACGUCCAUGAUAGCAGAGAAUGAGAGGACCCAGGUGGAACACGGUAAAGAGGAGAACACCAAAGAGGAGCACAGCAAGGAGGAGAGUGACAAGGCGGAGAACAGCAAUGAAAAAAAGGAAAAGAAAAAGCCCUCCAUCAUUAAAAAAAUGAAGAAUGUAAGGAAUUCCAUACGCAGAGGAUCGAAGGAGCUUAACGGCACAGAAGCAGGGACAGCAGCACAGAAUUCUGAUCCUGAGUCGCAAGCGAGGACGUCUCCAACUCCGAGUAUCCGGUCUUUGGAGAUGUCUCCGAGAAGUCCCCUAAGCCCCUCCAGCCCAUCAAGCCCCGUGAAUAUAGAUGUGUCCCAGAGCCAUAAGCGUGGUCACUCAAGAAGUCCCUCAGACUCGGCACGCACAAACAAAGAUACUGAGGACACAAAAGGCAAUUUCCUCUGGAGGAGGUGGUCCACGAGGAAGGAAAAAGACCAAAAACCUGACUUGCACACUCUCAGUGAGAGCAUAAAUGAGGAAAAUGUAGAGCAGGUACAGGAGAAGGAUUCCUAUGAACUCCCAGAGAUUCCAGCCAACCCUCUCUCAGUUAUGCAAAUCAACACCCUAAUCGGGAAUAUGCAGCUUGAGGAUGCUCACCUGAACCUGCUCUCCAUGCGUCUGGAGCUCCAGAAGGAGCUGGAGGAGAAGGGCAAGGAGGACACCCCUGUAGAGCUGGUCAAGAAGGAGAAGGACCUUAACCUCCUGUACAGUGCCUUGCGAGACAAGAUGAAAGUCAUUGUCAAGGACUCCAGCAAUCAGCCUUCCUGUAGCACCGAGCACUUGAUAUGCAUGGUCCAGAUCAUCCAGGAGGAGGAGAAGAGGGAGGGAGAUCCAGGCAGUGCAGGGUGGAAUUGGCGGGACACCUGGAAAGAGGCGGUGCGGGAGGGGGUGCGGGAUAAAAUCAAGAGUGUACCCCUGGACACCAAAGAGCAGAACACAUCUUGGCUGGCAGUACACCUGGGCCUUCUACGCAAAACCACCAUGGAGGACUUGGAAAAUGUUAAAAAUCACCUGAAGGCCUCCUACCCCCCCAGUUUUAAUGUGUUGAACACCUAUGUGGAGAGCUACCACGAGAGCAUUGCCCAGCAUCUCAAAGACAUCCCGCAGAAGGAUCUUGAGGCAAAGGAUUGCUAUGCCCUCUUGAACUGGAUUGUGAACUAUUACAAAAGCGAGGAGAUGAUGGGUAGUCCAACCCUCCAGCCAGACAUAAACACUGACAGCAUUUCCCUCCCGCUAGAGGACGACUUCCUGGACCAACUCAAGAAGACCUAUUGUCUCCUGAUAAAGGAUGACAUGAAAACAAUUAUGGGUAACGUCAUAAAGCUUCAGUCAGAGGACGGCUGGAUUCCAGAGACAGAUCCAGAAUUGGAAGAGGGCUUCUAUCACUCCGAAAUCCACAUGGACAUUUUGACGGCUGUGAAGUCCUACUGCAAAAACUCCAGGACAAUAGACGAAGACCUGGAGACCCGAGCUGCGUGUAUAUGUCUGGAGCAGCUCCAGGGUUUCCUUCAGCAGUUCAAGGCAGAAUUCCUUCAGUGGUGCAACACCCAGGGCGACGCGUCUCUGGGAGACAAAUAUCGGAUCGCCUACAUCAACAGCUUCAUGGCUCUGAAAGCACACCUGGAGGAGUACAGAAAGAGCAGUCCGCAGGAGGUGGAGCAGAUGGGCGAGAAGCUAGAUGGUGCGGUCCACAGUCUCAGCCAGACGAUCAUCGCUCGAUUUCAUGGCGAGGUCAAGCCCUUCUUCAGGGGAAUGAUGACAAGGAAGUGGCUCUCCAGCGAUGAGGAUUUCCGGCACAUAGUGAGGAGGACGGAGGACCUGUCCCGGCUCAGCAGCAGAAUGAAGCCUCCUUAUGUGCAGACCUUCGGGAGCAAGGUGCACUACCUUGUGGUGAAGGAGUAUGUCUCCCAGCUGAUGAAGAACAACUACAGCUGCAAGAACAGAAAAAAUGUGAGGGCUGCAGAAAAGAUGAGAAAUGAAUGGAGAGACCUGAAGGAUGUCUUUGCAGAGCUGAACUCUAGUGCCACUUGGCUUCACCCCCUUGGGGAGCAUCUAUGCAGGAUCAUUGGAGAGACGAAUAAGAGGGAGAUCAAGAAUGGUCUGCAACCUCUUGUGAAUGACUAUCCUGACAUCAGCCAGAAACACCUUUCGGCCGUGCUCUAUUUCCGGGGCAUGGCGCGGGGCCGGGAGCGGCAGCUCAUACUACGUCGCCUUGGUGAGCUGAAGAGGACUGCGGGGUACGCAGGAGGCAUGAGAGGCCAGACGCUGUUCGGCGACAUCCAGGUGGCCACCAACACAGACUGCCUGGCCAACAUGCCGCUGUUCUGCUUGGGUCGGCUCCUGCCCGACAGCUAGCUGAGACUUUUUUUUUUUUUAUGGUAAAUGGUAAAGAAAAUGUGAUUCCACAUCCACUCUCUGGGGCAGUCUAAAUAAUCCCGAUGGCUGGGGGGAAGGUGCCACACCAAAAAUAGGCUCUCGCUGAGAUCCGGUUUACGUCUGAUACGACAUUCCCCGGAGUCACGUUCAGCGCUUUGUCCUGGACUGUAGAUUGGAAUAGAACUGUGAAUCUGCCACGCUAAAGUCUAUCAUUAAAUCCCUUUUCUGGGAAAAUGGCAAAAGGGGUGGGGAGCAGAAAUAAAUAAUAAAACCUUUGGCUUUGCAGUCCUCGGCUUCUGAAGCUGUUCAAACUCUUGCCAUGCAAUGCCAAGAUGUCCAAGCAGGCGUGUGUUUUACAGAGGGAGGAUUUAAAGAAUAGAAGGGAACUCUAUUAUACUCCAAGUACGGCUACAAUGGAUUAUACGGUAACUGAGAUCCAAAAAAACUAGGAUUCUUCUCAACACAACUCACAGACACACAUACACACACACUUACAUGUAUGUAUUUAUGCUGAAUAAUAUACUACAUGGCAAGUUAUUCAAGAGUAUGAAGGCAUUUCUCCCUUUAACCUUUGGAAACACUAAAUUUUGGUCACAACUGAGUAAACAUUACAGUAUCAUUUCAACUAUUGCUGUUGCUAGAAGGAUUUUCCUGACCUUAUAACAACCCCUGGCACAGCAAGCAAGACCAUCACAUCAAGUUGGCAGUCUCUGCUACAGGCAAUGAGUUUGUAUCUAACUAAAUAAUGAACAAAGUGCCUAGACACUGCUCAGAGCACCUGGAGCUGGCAGGAAGGAUAUGGUGUUUUCAAGUUGUGCAGAAGCAGAAAAUGCAAAUGUACGUGAUAUUAUUGUCAUGCAGUUAAACUUCUUUGUAAACAUGAAUAUAUGCCUUAGAAAAAUAUCAUGUAGACCAGGUUGUGGAACAUUUCUAUUAGUGAAUUAAAUUAAACCAUUUGUUUUUUUUGAGACAUAUGCAUACCUUAGGAAUGAAUGAGUUUUGCUGUCUUCAUUUUGCCCAAGGAUUCUGCUGUACAUAAACUGUGGUUGCACCUCCUAUACCAGUUCCUCUCCUAUAGAAGCUCAAAGUUAUGUAACAUUUUGACAUCAUUUGUUUUCACAUUAACAGAAUAAAUAAGUAUUUUUUGGUCGUUGGUUGGCAUGGUGGUGCAGCGGCUGUGGC